AUGAGAAUUUUUCAAAGUGCACAUCGUCUGGUUUUGUCGAAUGGAUCGAUUAACUUCGUGAGGGCAGCUUCUAGCCAGGCUCAGGUUUUUGGAAGUGUAACCGAUGAUGCCGCCACUGAAGCUCGACCUUAUAAGGAGAUACCACGUCCCAGUAAAUUCGAGUUCGUAAGGGCAUUUUUGCCUGGCGGAGAAUUUCACGGUGUGUCCAUUGUGGAUUAUUCAACGACGAUGAGAAAUCGUUAUGGUGAUUUAUUCAUAAUGCCCGGAAUGUUCGGUCGCCAGGACCUGAUCGCCAGUUUCAGUACCAAAGAUAUAGAGAUGGUUUUCCGCAAUGAGGGAGCCUGGCCACAACGAGACGUAUUUCCUUCGAUAACAUAUUACCGGACUCACAUAAGAAAAGAUUUUUAUGAAGGAAAUCUGGGAAUAGUGAACUCGCAAGCGGAGGCUUGGAGUAAACUACGGACUGCCCUAAAUCCCAUUUUCAUGCAACCUAAGGGCUUGAAAGUCUAUUACGAACCACUUUCCAACAUCAAUGACCUGUUUAUAGAGCGUAUCAAAGAAAUACGAGAUGCUAAAACCCUUGAAGUACCUGAUAACUUUGCAGAGGAAGUAAGCCGACUGAUUUUCGAUUCCCUUGGCUUGGUGGCCUUCGAUCGCCAAAUGGGUCUGACAAGUGGGAUCAAUAAUCACGAUGCCUUGAGAUUGUUCGAAUUAAUCAAAUUGGCCUUCCGAUACACUUUUAAGUUAGACUUCCAACCCUCGAUGUGGAAAUACAUAUCCACUCCAACAUUUAGGAAAAUGAUGAGUGUUCUCGACGAGAGUUUGGAAGUGGCCCAGAGAUUGCUGAAGGAAACCCAGGACACCUUGGAGAAACGGCGUCAGGCAGGCGAAGAGAUAAAUAGCAACAGCAUGCUGCAGCGGAUGAUGAAAGUGGAUCCCAAACUGGCGACGAUCAUGAGCUUGGACACCAUGUUCGCCGGUGUCGAUGCCACCUCUAAUCUCCUGUCAGCGGUGCUCCUUUGUCUGGCCAAAAAUCCAGAGAAGCAGGGGAAGUUGCGGGAGGAGCUGCUGAACAUUAUGCCCACCAAGGACUCACCUCUCAAUGAGGAGACCAUGAAGGAUAUGCCUUACCUAAGGGCAGUGAUCAAGGAAGCCCUGCGCACCUAUCCCAAUGGAUUGGGAAACUUUCGUGUGUGUCCCACAGACGUAACCCUCUCAGGCUACAAUGUGCCCAAGGGCAGUAUCGUCGUUCUCGGAUCCAAUGCCCUGUUGCAGGAUAACAGCUUGUACUCGGAAGCUGAGAAGUUCCUUCCAGAACGCUGGCUCAGGGAUCCCGAGACGGGAAAGAAGACCCCUUUCAAUGCCUUCAGCUUCUUGCCAUUCGGCUUUGGACCUCGCAUGUGUAUUGGCAAAAGAUUGGUGGACCUGGAAAUCGAAACGAGUGUGGCCAAGUUGAUAAGGAAUUUCCAGGUGGAAUUCAACUACGACGCCAGUCGCCCGUUCAAGACUUUCUUCUUUAUGGAACCCGCCAUCCCAUUCCGCUUUAAGUUCACCGAUAUCGAGCAUUAA